AUGCGUUCUAAAAACGUGUUCAGAACACCGGCCCGGCCCGAUAACAGCCUCACCGGAGUGGCCACACUACCAGCGCUGUGGGACACAGUGGUCAUUAAGUGGAACGACUACGUCGAUAAGCAAGCCGACCUCGGCAGGAGCGGCGCGAGGGAUUGCGGUGCGCCGGAGUGGCAAGACGAGUCUGUCCCAACAGACGCGCAGACGACGGGGAGAGCAGCACCGUGGGCGACGACAUGCCUAUCAACGGAGGAGGCGCGACACAUCGGAGACAAUAAGGGGAUCCGGCGUGAAAGAGCUAUCGACAUUGACGUUGACCCAGCCGAUUCCACCGACGUCGACGCCAUCACCUCCGCGGCUACCGCGCUUUCGCUCGACGUGGUCGACGACACCGUGGAGAAUCGCACCGAGGACCUUGCCGAGGCGAUGGGCCGGAUCACUUUGGACCCCGACCCCGCCCCCACCCCUCGGGGUGGGGGCACCCGCCCCUGUCGGGCACCGCUUGCGGCGCCUGGCAGGGGCACCCCCUGGAAAAGGGCUCCGAGCCCUGUCUCGCGCACGCCCCUGGCGGGCGCCGCGGACCAGUUCCGCGAGCGCUCGUCAGCGGGUGUGCGAGCCGCUCGCGGUUCGUACACCCGCUUGCGGGUUCGAGUGGCGGGCCAUCCCGCUUGCGGGAUGGCUUAG